AUGAGUCUCACCCAGGUGGCCCUGGUGCUCCUCUGCCUGCUGGGGGCUGCCCUGCCGGAGCCCCCCCAGGACCCAGCCGUGCAGGAGCUCUGGACUCUCCUGUCUGGCAGCCGGGAAGGCGCUCUGCCUCGUCGCUCGGUGGAUGCCCUGUUAAAUAUCGCCAGGUCCCGGGUGCAGUGCUCGGCCGUGCCGUGUGAAAAGUGCCUCUCGCCCGCAAACAUCUUUGAACUGGUAGGGAAGACAACCUCUGGAGAGGCCAACCUCACGUCCCCGGAGCUGCUGACCUUCUCGGCAGGGCUGGUCGUCUACUUCUCGGAUCCCGUGGCCGCAUGCACGGCGAUGACCAAGAAACACUGGGUGUCUGAGGUCCGUGGUUUCCAAACCAAAUUCUUUGAUGGGAACCCAGCAGCCGGACCCACCUCGGAGAAAGUCGCCCGGCAGAUGCUUGUAAUCCAGAGGAAUGCCAAGUCUGUCAAAAAGGAGGAGCCCUGUGCAGAAGUGGGCCAGAUCCUUAAAAGCAGCACCUCCGUUUCCCGCCACGUGGCAUCGAAUCCAGCCGGGCAGAUGUUGGCGUUCCUCUCCUACCACGUCUUACGAGGUGGCUGCUUCCAUGCUCUCCCUCACCAACACUACUUUUUGGAUUACAUUUUCCAACACUACAGCAACGGGACUCACAACCUCACUCUGGCAGGGUUGAGCAAACUAAUGGUACAGCUGGAGGUGGGUCCUGGGGGAAAACAUGACCAUGAGCAUGAUGGACAUGACCACAGCAACCAUGGACAUGAUGGACAUGACCACAGCAACCAUGGACAUGAGGGACAUGACCACAUCACCCAGAUGGCCAUGAUCAUGGAGACCACGAAGAUCACUCAGACCAUCAUCACGGCAAUGAAACAGGCCAUCACCAUGAUGAUGAAACAGGCCAUCACCACGGUAAUGAAACAGGCCAUCAUCACGGCGAUGAAACAGGCCAUCACCACGGCGAUGAAACAGGCCAUCACCACGGCGAUGAAACAGGCCAUCACCAUGGCAAUGAAACAGGCCAUCACCACGGCAAUGAAACAGGCCAUCACCAUGUUGAUGAAACAGGCCAUCACCAUGGCGAUGAAACAGGCCAUCACCACGAACAUCUGGGACACGGUCUGCCUCAGCCCCAGCGACCUCUUCAAGAUUUAUGAGCUUGACGAUGCCGCCGGAAUCAGCCGCCCAGAUUUCACCCGCCUGAGCCCAGCUCUGGUGCAGCAGAAGCUCAGCCAGGCCUGCACGGCCCCUCGGAAGGUUCCAGAAGACGGGCGCCUCACCACGGCCGAGAAGUACAUCUACGGCACGCUGGCCACGCUGGUGGUGUGUUUGUGCGCCCUUUUCGGCAUCGUGGUUCUGCUCUGCACGGCUUGCAUCAGUGCCUACCAAUACGUCAUCCAGACCUUCGUCAGCCUGGCCGUGGGAUCGCUCACCGGGGACGCCAUGCUGCACCUCAUCCCCAAGUUCCUGGGCCUCCAUUCUCACUCCCACGGAGGGGACGAUGCCCACGCCCACCAUGGACCUGAAGGUGAAGACAAACUCUGGAAGCUCCUGGCCGUGCUAGGGGGUCUCUACCUCUUUUUCCUGCUGGAGAAGUUCUUCAUCCUCUUGGGACAUUCGCACAGCGAGGAGUCCUCUGAAUCCAGCAAAGGCCACCAGUGCGAUCACGGACUCUCCCUGCAGCUGUACCAGGAUGAGAUGAAGAGGAGGAAGCAAGAGAAGGGGGCUUCCAACGCUGACCUGGUGGGUCUCCAGGCCCCACGAGACUUCGCUGCUCUGCUCCACGCCGGGCUGAGCGUCAAGCGGGCCCUUCUGCUCAACUUCCUCAGCGCCUUGACCGCCUUCCUGGGCCUCUACAUCGCCCUUUCGGUCAGCACGGGGGAGGAGUUCGAGGCCUGGGUCUUCACGGUGGCCACGGGCCUCUUCCUCUACGUGGCCUUGUGCGACAUGACUCUCCUUCCAGGGCAGCUUUUCACCAGGGGCCAGUGGACAAGUGAAAAUAAGACCCCCCUUUUCAAUUCAUCCAGACGCCUGGAGUGUGGAAAGCCCUGCAGCCAGAUCAUUUGA